AUGGCUGAGAAAAGCAAGAUUUUAAUUAUUGGAGGAACUGGGUACAUCGGAAAAUUCAUAGUCGAAGCUAGUGCAAAAUCUGGGCACCCCACUUUUGCUCUUGCUAGAGAGAGCACAAUUUCUGACCCUAUUAAGGGCAAAAUCUUUGAGGGCUUCAAGAAUUAUGGCGUCACAAUACUAAUUGGUGAUUUAUACGAUCAUGAGAGCUUGGUGAAGGCUAUAAAGCAGGUGGAUGUUGUUAUAUCGACGGUGGGGCAACUUCAGUUAGCCGAUCAAACUAAGAUCAUUGCUGCCAUUAAAGAAGCUGGAAAUGUUAAGAGGUUCUUUCCCUCGGAGUUUGGCAAUGAUGUAGAUCGUACUCGUGCUGUAGAGCCAGCAAAGUCUACAUUUGCAGUCAAGGCCCAAAUCCGCAGAACCAUCGAGGCAGAAGGGAUUCCUUACACCUAUGUGUCUUCCAACUACUUUGCUGGCUACUCUCUUCCAACAUUGGUACAGCCGGGAGUCACUGCUCCUCCAAGAGACAAAGUAAUCAUACUAGGAGAUGGAAACGCCAAAGCUGUCUUCAAUUACGAAGAAGAUAUUGGCACCUACACCAUCAAGGCUGUUGACGACCCGAGAACAUUGAACAAGAUCCUUUACAUCAAGCCUUCUAAGAACAUAUAUUCAUUCAACGAACUCGUUGCUUUGUGGGAGAAAAAGAUUGGGAAAACUCUGGAGAAAGAGUAUGUUUCUGAGGAACAACUUUUGAAACAAAUCCAAGAAGCUCCUAUCCCUGUCAAUGUCAUACUUGCAAUCAACCAUUCAACCUUCGUGAAAGGUGACCAGACCUAUUUUGAGAUCGAGCCAUCAUUCGGGGUUGAGGCUUCAAAGCUCUAUCCAGAUGUCAAAUACACCACUGUCGAGGAGUAUCUUGAUCAAUUUGUGUGA